AGAGCAGUAGAGCGAGCAAGCCAGAGGGUCAAGAUGGAUGACUACACGAGGGAGAUGAUGGACCUCAAGACCCUCGUUACUCGCACUCUCGAGAAGAAAGGUGUUCUUGCCAAGAUCAGGGCUGAGCUCAGGGCAAGCGUCUUUGAGGCCAUUGAAGAGGAAGAUCGUGUAGUUGAGAACGAUGAUGGUGUACCGCCCGCACUACUUGGUAGCUGCAAUGACCCUGCAAAGCAGCUUCAUGCUUCUCCUUCAGGAAGGUUAUUAACAGCUCUGAUAUGUGAAUACUUGGACUGGGCACAACUGGACCACACUCUAAAAGUUUAUUUGCCAGAGUGUAAUUUGCAAAAGGAUUUUUGGAAAGCUGAGUUAAAAGAUUUUAGUAGCAGAAAUGGAUAUGAUCUCAAUAGGAAUGCAGAAAGUGGCCCUUUGCUUCUAAAUGUUCUCGAAGGAUAUUUAAAGUAUGAGAAUUUAUCCCAAGCAAGGGCUACUGGGAGGAGACUUGGUGGUCCAGAAACUGAAUCCAUAUGUAAUCCUGAGUCUAGAAAUGCUCGGAGGGCCUCUACGUCAGCUGUUGCUGGAGGCUUACCACCCCUUGGAAGGCCUGUUCCUGUUUCUCAGGCGCCUGAUCGGAGAGUAGGCUCUUCUAUGCCUGGUUAUAGAAAGGAUGAAUAUAAUUGGAGAUACGACAAUGAUGAGCUUUCAGAGGAUGUAAUUCGAGCAUCAAAUGCAUUGGAAAACAUCCAAUUGGAUAGAAAAGCCCGGAAUCUUACAACAUCUUGGCGACAUGCUGGAGAUGGAGCCACAGAGGAUGAUGGCAAGGAAGAUCAUAUCUAGCUGUGCAUUUACCUUGUACUUAUAUUGUUGUUUUAUUGUCAUAUAAAUUUAUUAUGUAAGACUUAUUAUGUGCCAUUUUAGUUGUUUGCUUGAGCUUUCUGUCUCA